AUGCCGCAGACAUCCUCUCCGCGGCAACCACACUUCUCGCUCAGCUCACGACACAUAUUUAUGCAACAACUCUUGUGGUCUAUGGAUUCAUUAUCCUGGGCCUUGUCCUUGUGGUCUGGAAGCUCUCGGAAUCUGUCGAUGAGCUCGACCACACUGUUUUGGAGCUGGAACAACGCACAGCGCAGCGGCGUUCCCUCUCACCGCGCGCGAAUUCCUGUCUUUGACGAGAACGACAAGCUCGUUGCCUAUGUUCGCUCCAAAUCCCAGAUACAAGACCAUGCAGCGGCAACUCGUACAAGUCCGACACAGCAUGCUCCCAGUCGCACUGGCACUACUCCGACGCUUCAUCCGACCGCGGGAACAGCUCCUCGGCAGCCAUCUUAUAUUACGCUGGAGGCCGCCUUAUGGGAUGGCUGGCCAGACGGCCAUGUUGCGUACAACAUUCCUGCCUCGCAAAUGUACGAGGUGGGCGUGUUUUGGAGCCUGGAGGCUAUCAAAGGCCCUCGUGGUGGCAGCCUGGACGCCGAGACGGUGGACAAAGGGCGUAUCUUCCGCGGGAAAUGUUACGGAGCUAUUACUUGCUCUGCACCCGACUGCCGUUACGCCGUUCUGAUUGCCCCGGAGCAGACGCUUAAAGCCAUCGCCGUCCAGCUACUCCAAUUCUGUCGCUGCGGCCAGUCGCUCGAGCGGCUCCGAUGCGGCAUUGAAUGCACCCGCACCGCCUUUCGAAGCGGCAGCCUCAUCACUCACCAUGGCAAGCAUCUCCAUGGACGCUACACACAUCGCCUCCCAGCAACGACGGCAUCGACGAACGCCAGAGGUACAAUGCACCUGGUGGAGCUUGGUCCAGGCGACACAUUCCCCUUGAUCCCAAAGCCUCGUGCCCGGAGUCAGGCUCAGCAACGCCCCAGCAAGUUAUUCCUGGCUGACACGCCGGAUCGUGAUGAUGAAAGCGAGGUAGAAGAUAUGGAUAUUGGAAUGGAGAAGCGGGGUAUGGGGGAACAAGGGGUAAAUACGGAAGACGAUAUGAGCGAAGCUGAGCGCCAGGAGAUGCUGGCUGACCCAACAGCAGAUGAAGACUGA